AAAAAUUAUUGAACGCUGAAACGAAAAAAAAACUCCAACGUCGCAGCAAGUGAAAAAACCCGUGAAAAGCCCAUCGUCCCCAUAGAAAUAAACGCAAAGCGAAAAUGAAUGAGGAAUACGACGCCAUCGUCCUGGGCACCGGCCUCAAGGAGUGCAUUCUGAGCGGCAUGCUGUCCGUGUCCGGCAAAAAGGUGCUGCAUAUUGAUCGGAACAAGUACUACGGAGGUGAAUCGGCCUCGAUUACACCGCUGGAGGAACUUUUCCAGCGCUACGGUCUGGAGCCGCCAGGCGAAAGGUUCGGGCGUGGCCGCGACUGGAAUGUGGAUCUGAUCCCCAAGUUUCUGAUGGCCAACGGGCAGCUGGUGAAGCUGCUCAUACACACGGGCGUCACCCGAUAUCUGGAGUUCAAGUCCAUUGAGGGUAGCUACGUGUAUAAGGGCGGAAAAAUUGCCAAAGUGCCGGUGGAUCAGAAGGAGGCUCUGGCAUCCGAUCUCAUGGGUAUGUUCGAGAAGCGUCGCUUCCGCAACUUCCUCAUCUAUGUGCAGGACUUCAGGGAGGAGGACCCAAAGACCUGGAAGGACUUUGACCCGACCAAGGCCAACAUGCAGGGCCUGUAUGACAAGUUCGGGCUGGACAAGAACACGCAGGACUUCACUGGCCAUGCCCUGGCCCUGUUCCGCGACGACGAGUAUCUGAACGAGCCGGCAGUGAACACCAUCCGGCGCAUCAAGCUGUACUCGGACUCGCUGGCGAGAUACGGCAAAUCCCCCUAUCUGUAUCCCAUGUACGGUCUGGGGGAGUUGCCCCAGGGCUUUGCCCGCCUGUCGGCCAUCUACGGUGGCACCUACAUGCUGGACAAGCCAAUCGAUGAGAUUGUCCUCGGCGAGGGCGGCAAGGUGGUGGGUGUGCGCUCUGGCGAGGAGGUGGCCAAGUGCAAGCAGGUCUACUGCGAUCCCAGCUAUGUGCCCGAGAAGGUGCGCAAGCGUGGCAAGGUUAUACGUUGCAUUUGCAUCCUGGACCAUCCGGUGGCCAGCACCAAGGAUGGCCUCUCCACUCAAAUCAUCAUUCCACAGAAGCAGGUCGGUCGCAAAUCCGACAUCUACGUCUCGCUGGUCAGCUCCACCCAUCAGGUGGCCGCCAAGGGGUGGUUCGUUGGCAUGGUCUCGACCACCGUGGAGACCGAGAAUCCCGAGGUGGAGAUCAAGCCCGGCCUCGACUUGCUCGAGCCGAUCGCACAAAAGUUUGUCACCAUUUCGGACUACUUGGAGCCCAUCGACGAUGGGGCACAGUCGCAGAUCUUCAUCUCGGAAUCGUACGAUGCCACCACGCACUUUGAGACCACUUGUCUGGAUGUGUUGAACAUAUUCAAGCGCGGCACUGGCGAGACAUUCGACUUUUCCAAGAUCAAGCACGAGCUCGGCGACGAGGAGCAGUAAUCGAGUAAUCGAAUCAGUGGGCAAAGGACACCAGGAGCAGAAGAUCAGAAGAGAACAGGAGACGACGCCUCAUCCCCAUGGUUAUGGUGCAUUUGGACACAGCUCAACAUCAGCCACAAAAAUCUGCUAGAUACGCCAGCGCUUCGAACAUCUGAGAGCGAAGUGGCCAAACAAACCCUAAAGAAAAUAAUACCCAAGAUAAAGAAAAAAAAACCCUAAAAAUAAAAAAACAAAAAAACCCAAAAAAAACACCCAGAAAUUGUAUUACGAAAAUGCUUUUCCAUCGUGUGAAGAAAGUUUUAGAUGUGAACAAAACAAAUUGCUUGCUUGGCGCAAUAUUGGAUAUAUGUAUGCCUAGAAUAUAUAUAUGUAUAUGUACACCCCUAUAUAAUUACAGCUCAUACAUACGAGUUAGGCAACUAAAUGUGGAAAUCCACCCAGAAUACAGGAGGAAUAGUAAA